GCCGGGGUCACGUCCGGCGGGGCGGGGGGCGGGGAUGUCCCCGCGGUCCCCCGACUGUCCACGCCCCGCCGCGGGCGACUCCAGCGUCUCGCGAGAGAGCGGGCGGCGCCGCUUCCUCUCGCUCCUUUCUCUCCCCGCCCCACGGUCGCUGCGCCGCUUCCUCCGGAGGGCGGGGACCCUGGACGUGGCGGGGCGGGGACGCCGGGCUGGGCGCGCGGUGGUCGGGCCGGGAUCGGCCCGCGCUCCGAUGAUGACUUCGGAGAUGGAGUCGUCGGUCGAGAGCAGCUUCUCCGCCAGCUUUGCGGUGUCGGCCUCCGGGACUCUGCUUCCCGCGCGCUCCCGCAUCUUCAAGAUCAUCGUGAUCGGCGACUCGAACGUGGGCAAGACGUGCCUGACCUACCGCUUCUGCGCCGGCCGCUUCCCCGACCGCACCGAGGCCACGAUCGGCGUGGACUUCCGCGAGCGGGCGGUGGACAUCGACGGCGAGCGCAUCAAGAUCCAGCUCUGGGACACGGCGGGACAGGAGCGGUUCAGGAAGAGCAUGGUGCAGCACUACUACAGGAACGUGCAUGCGGUCGUCUUCGUGUACGACAUGACCAGCUUGGCCAGUUUCCACAGCCUGCCAUCUUGGAUAGAGGAGUGCAAACAGCAUUUGCUCUCCAAUAGCAUACCACGGAUUCUCGUUGGAAACAAGUGUGACUUGAGGAGUGCCGUUCAGGUCCCCACAGACUUGGCACAGAAAUUUGCAGACACACAUAGUAUGCCUUUGUUUGAAACCUCUGCUAAAAGCCCGGAUGAUAAUGACCACGUGGAAGCUAUAUUUAUGACUUUGGCUCAUAAGCUGAAGAGCCACAAACCAUUAAUGCUCAGCCAGCCUCCUAAUAACAGAAUUACCCUGAAACCUGAAGCAAAGCCUGCAGUGUCAUGCUGGUGCUGAAUUAACGGUCUUUAUUAUACUGUCUGGUUUGUCCAAAAUGCUCUUUCAGUAUAAGUCGUAAGAUUUCAUUUUAAACAGUAUGGUCGUUCUGACACCUCACUGUUUGUGAUUGUCACGCACACUUUUGUAUUUACUUAAUCAAGCUUGUCACUGUGACCAUGCAAGGAUAGAGCUGAUUUUCAAAUGAGAUUGAAAACGAAGUAAAGAUAGACGAGUCACAGCAUCUUCCUAGUGAGAGCCCAAUGAAGGGAGAGGGAGCCUCAUGGGAGCAUGGUGGGAUGGGAAGCCAGUAACUCCAUCCCUGGGACUUGAAGAAGAAAUACUGUUUUGUAUAGAGCCUGCCUUAAAUUGCAGAUCCAUUGCACAAAGUUUUGCUCAAGCAUGGUCAGAGUAAAAAAAAAAUAGAUCAAAGCAAAUUCCCCAAACUAAAGUUUUAAUAUCCUGCAGCUCAGAAGCUAUGAAGCUUACUCAGUCCAUUGCUGUGUUUAAAACCCCGUGGGGUCAGCCGAGUGUUUCCCUGCCCUUCAUUUUGUGAAAAUCUGCCUCCCUAAAAACAAGUGGUGCCUCAAAAGCAAGGUAAAAGUUACGGUAGCCAUCCUAAAAGCAAAAUGGCAUGCAGUAUGCUUGAUUGAAGUGACAAGGUGACAAUUUGAGAGCUGUGCAACUGUCUCCCGUCUUUUGCAGAAGUUGUGCUGCUUUGUGGGAAGGAAUGAGUGAAGUAGGGGCGCCUAUAGCGGGAGCAUGCGCAGUGCAGCCCAGAGCUUCUCCCCCUCCCCCCUAGCAUGCACAGUGCAACACCGAGGGUCUGUACUGUGAACAUGCGCAGUAGAACGCCGGGGGGGGGGGGUCUGUACUGUGAACAUGCGUAGUGGAACACAGGUUCUGUACUGUGAGCAUGCGCAAUAGAACGCCGAGGGUCUGUACUGUGAACAUGCGCAGUGGAACACAGGUUCUGUACUGUGAACAUGCGCAAUGGAACGCCGAGGGUCUGUACUAUGAACAUGCGCAGUGGAACGCCGAGGUCAGCAGCAGAGCUUGUGUGCUCUUACCCUGUGGCGGCUUCCUCGGGACCACAGGCCCAGAACCAAGGGUCUCGCUCUGCACAUCUACUGAUGUGUCAGGCAGAUGAAGUGACUUGAAAAGGUGGCUCACGUUUUACUUUGUGUCUUUAAACAGUGAAGACCGAUUUGAGAGCAUCUUAGGCGUUGUCCCCUGGAAUUAGCAAACGUGGGUUCCUGGAGGCCCUGGCUCUCAGCUCACCUGCGAUCGAAUGAAUAAACGCUGGGUGAAAGGGGCUUGCGACCUCUGCCUGCGAGCCUUCCUGUGCCCCUGGGAUGCACAGCUGCUACCGAAUGUCACUUUGUUCCGCAGUGCUGGAAGUCACUAGCUAGGCAGCUGCUCUGCCGCCUGAGCCACUUCCUCUCCCCUUUUGCUUUCCUUGUUUUUCAGACCACGCUCUGGUUUUGAGUCUCCACUCCUGGCUUCAGUCUUUAAAACGUUUAAAUUUUGUGGCCCAACAAACUAUUGCUCCUCAGUAUGAAGAACAAAUUAGAUACUGAAAGAUGUCUGUCCCCAGUGAUGAAGUAUUUGAAUUUUGAAUUUAAGAAAGUGUGCUGGCCUAAGAAGCUAUUUACACAAAUGGGAUGUGAGCCAUGCACUUGAAAGCAUCCGGAUAACUGCAGACAAGUCAAGGAAAAGUGAUUCGGUAUUUUCAGAAUGGGAAACCAACUGGAUGUGUAUGUGAUCUAAUCCAGUUAGGAUUUUCGUUUAAUCAUGGUGGUUCUCACUGGAUAAUUUAGUUCAAACAAUAAAUUACCGAAAGUAAUAAUUACAAAAUGAUUAUGCAGCUUUAAAUAUUAGAGCUGAAAUUGGCUUUAUUUGCAAUUAGAGAUCAAGCUAGAAGUGAGGAUUAAAAGUUGUUUUACAUUUUGUCUCAAUUAGCAUUGAUUUGUAACUAUUUUUAUAGAACAUGACAGCUGUAGUGAUUGUGAUGGGUGAAAUUGUUUUUUAAAGAAGGGAAUCUAUUGCCUUUUUAAAAUUGGAGAAGGAAAAUUCAGACUUUCUAAGUACAUCUUUUUCAUUCAGUAGUUAUGUGCUUUUAAAAAACUAUUUUUUCUUGUAAGAAGUUAAGUAUCCUUUACAGAUCUGUACAAGGACUUAUUUUUUCACUUUAGUAUUUAUUUAAAAAUAUUUUUAUCUCAUUUGCAACAACUUGCCAUUUUAAUUUUUAGUAGGUAUGUUUUUAUUUUAGAAACGAACUUAGGUGAAUGAGAAUAAAGCUUUUUAGAUAUACCAAAAUGUUUAUAAAACAGCUAAUUGUUGAAAUCACUUCUGAAAUGGUGGCUAUCUAGUAACAAUUUUUUGAAGCACAAAUCACAUUUUGUAAAUCUCAAUUUAACUAUGACUUUUAAUUGAAACAUCGAAUAUGUUUAAGAAAAGUUGUAAUUUGAGACCAUCAAAGGAAACUACCCCCAGAAUUGAAUGUAGUCAGCUAUUAACAGCAGUACUUUAUUGAAAGAAUAUUGCUAAUACACUUUCUCAUAAAUCCAAACUAAAGUUAGUUUUGCGAGGAACAAUGUCACUCUUACAUUUCCCCCAUGAAGGACAAUAAAAUCUUUGU